CCAGUGUGAACGGGUGGCAUUAUUGUAAUUACAUGGAAAACUUAAAAACACCCGCUUCCUUCGUUAAGUUACAAAUAUCAACGGACGUCAAAUAGAAAAUAAAAUACACACCAAAUAACAUCUCACGUCCGAUAAAGUCACAGCGAUUCAUACGAACAAUCCACUCUAAUCCAUUCUUCGAAGGCGAUUUAUACGAAAAAAUAUUCUUCAGAGAGAUUUAUACGAAAAAUCGAUCCUGUACGCUCAACAAUAUCACAAAUCUGUCAUACAAAUCGCCGUAUCGUCAUACAUCCGAGGAAUUAGGGCUAAUUUGAAAGAAUUCGUCGAUUUUUGAUGCACAAUUAGGGAUAAUCUGCACAACUAGGGCUAAUCGGAAUAGCGAUUCAUCACAAUUCAUCAAUCGUCGGAAAUCAAGCGCCAAUCCACUAUUUUAUAAUCAAUGGAGAAAACGCAAAAGAAAGUAACAUUUUUACUGAGGUCAAGAGAUGAAGGAUCAACAUGGAUGCCUGACGCGGCUGAAGACGAAUACAAGAACGAUAAGCCAAAAGGCAUAUUGAAAAGGAAGAACAGAACGAAAUCUGAGGAUGUCAGUACAAGGAAAAGUAAACGAAAACAUAACGAAACAACUGAAGACGUCGAAGGAGAUAAAGGUGUUGAAGGAGUCCAUACCAGGAAUGAAGGAGCUCGUACUAGGAAUACAAGGUCCGUAAAAUCAAAAAGCACGCCAGCGGGAAACAACGAGGUGGAUAUGGAAGAUGUUGAUGAAACGAAGAACCGAUCAGUUAUAACGACGAAUAAGACAGUAGACAGAACGGAAAAAAAGCCAGUGAUUCAAAGAUCUUUUCGGGCAGUCAAAUGGCGUUCCAUACGUACACGUUUAUCACCACAUCAACUUCUGAGGGGGGUAAAUGCAAUGUCAAACAAACAGAAGCAGACAGUACAAAACAUGGGGUUCGGGAGUAUAUUAAAGAUCAAAACAGACAGCAUACCAGGAAGACUGGCACAUUUUGUAGUAGAUCAUUUUAACCAAAGAGACAUGGUGAUUAAGCUGAGUGUAGGUAAUAUAGAGGUCAACGAAAAUGUAGUAAGCGGGUUGUUAGGAUUAAGAAACGGUGGGGUUGUGCUGAAUUAUCAAAGAAAAGAGAGCAAAAAAGGGAGAAUUAAGGACAAAACAAAGAAAAGUGAAAAGAAUGAGGAAACCAAAAAGCACGACGAUGAAGAACAAGUGAACGUAGUUAAAGGGACAAAGAAAGUGAAAAAAAAGAAAGGGAAAACACGCAAAAAGAAAGAGGUAAAAGGUGAAGAGGAUUUAAAAGGCAAAGCAAUCGAUAUAAACGAAGAAGAAGGAGACGACAAAGAUGAAAGUCGUGGGACAUAUGCCAUGUGGACCCAUUUGUACGAAGGGUGUCCAAUGACACCAAGUAGGAUAGUUGAAAGAAUAGUAUGUAAUCAAGAUGACGACGGGGUAUUUUUCAAAUACGAUUUUUUAGCGUUGUUUAUGAACACGAUGGUAGAGACAAAGAAAGAUGGGACGUGUAGAACCGAUUUUCUCGAGUGUUUAAACGAAAACAUCGCCUUGGAAAACGUGAAUUGGUGCAAAUUUAUAUGCGACACAAUCAAGAACAACAAGGACGGUUGGCAGCGAGACAGCAAGUCCAUAUAUUUCAAUGGCGCGCUCACCAUUAUGGUGUUGAUAUACGUGGACCAAACCUUAUGCGGACAUAUAAAUUCAGUUCGCACAACAAGUCCGUUGUCGUUUUGGACAAAGGACAUGUUGAGUAUUAGGGAAAAAUACGAGAUAAAAAAUGGGGGGUUUGGGAAAGGAUUGUUACGAGAAGGAUAUAUGGAGGAUAUACUUUCAGGCAGUGUUUCAUUAAAAGGGGACGGAUCAGGGGCACAUGUGACAGAUGUUAAAGGGGUUGGUGUCGAUGUCCAUGUCAAAGACGUAGAUAGGGGAGUAGAUGAUGAGGGUUCUGUCAAGUCGGAUGAUAACGGCAAAAUUCAACCAGAGUCAUUUGAGGUAUGUAUAAUAGUUAUGAUAAUUUGA